GGAAACAAUGAUGUCAUUGCACGACGGAUGAAGCAUCAACUCAAGAGGCUCCCUCUUGCUCGUCAUCACUGAGCAGAUGCACAGCAGCAGCGCUCAGGGAGAGGACUCUGCUGUCAACCUGAGCAGUGGUGGUCAUGGCUCAAAAGAAGCCCUCUGGAGGCUGCUGCUGCCCCAAAGCUCCCAUCAACGAAGACAACGCUCGAUUCUUCCUGCUGGCCGGCCUCAUUCUUCUCUACUUGCUGUGCGGGGCUGCUAUCUUCUCCGCCCUGGAACACCCCUUUGAGCUGCGCGCUCGCCGCCUGUGGAGGCAGCAGCUGGACAACUUUACCCAGCAAUACGGCGUCCAAACGAAGGCCCUGCACACUCUGCUAAGGCAGUAUGAGGAGGCCAACGGAGCAGGGAUUAGGGUGGACACGCUGAGGCCCCGUUGGGACUUUUCAGGAGCGUUCUACUUUGUGGGCACUGUGGUCUCAACUAUCGGCUUUGGGAUGACCACUCCAGCAACCAUAGCUGGAAAAAUCUUCUUAAUCUUUUAUGGUCUCAUUGGCUGUGCGGCGACCAUCCUCUUCUUUAACCUCUUCCUGGAGAGGAUCAUCACCAUGCUGGCCUACAUCAUGCGCUGGUGUCACGAGCGCCGGCUUCGCUGCGGCGCAGUGGGGGUUGUUUCCAGCAGGCAGGAGGCAUCCGGUGAGGAGGACAGCUUAGAAGGAUGGAAGCCUUCCGUUUAUUAUGUGAUGCUGAUCUUAGGACUUGCCUCAAUCGUGAUCGCAUGCAGUGCUUCGACUCUGUACUGCUCCAUGGAGAACUGGAGCUACGUGGACUCUCUGUACUUCUGCUUUGUGGCCUUCAGCACUAUUGGCUUUGGGGACCUGGUAAGCAGCCAGAGACAGCACUAUGAGUCUCAAGAGGCCUACCGGCUUGGGAACUGCCUCUUCAUCCUAAUGGGAGUAUGUUGCAUCUAUUCACUCUUUAACGUCAUCUCCAUUAUCAUCAAACAAACACUCAACUGGAUCCUGGAGAAGCUGGUGUGUCCUGGAGAGCAUCGGCCGUGCUCCUGCUCUACGAGUGGACGCUGGUGGCUCUGCUGCCCCUGCCUGCACAACAAAAAGUGCAACCAGAGGCGCCCGCUGGCUCACUUGAGACAAAAACCUUUAAAACGCAACGCGGUCCGGCCGCUCUCAACGCAUUGCCCUGCAGGACGGCAGCGUUACGCGGACGGCUCGGUGGAGACUGUGUGCGACAGUGAAACGGACGGCGGCGCAGCAGCGGACGGGGUAUAUGUGGGUCGUCGACUGUCAGGGGAAAUGAUCUCCGUCAAUGAAUUCAUGGUGUCUAAUAAGGUGUCUUUGGCGCUGCUGCAAAAGCAACUGAGCGAAACAGCUCAUCAGGGACCAAGGCAGAGCUAUGGCCACCAGAAUGGAUUCUCUGGAGGGGUGGGGGCACUGGCUAUCAUGAAUAAUCGCCUACAGGAAACCAGUGUGGAUAGGUAGCGGCACAUUCACACAGUAUGCUCUUAGCAUGCACUGUUUCCCACUCUAACAGCAGAAUCACCAUGACUACAGUCAUUCACACAGGUAUUUAUUAAAGAUCACCAUAACGUCUAGGCCGGGGACCAUUUGCAGCCUGCUGUUUUUUGUUGGCACAUUCUAGAAAUAUAAUAAAACAAGCAGCAGCAAAAGUUGGAAAAGGAGAAAAAAGGCACAAUGUAACAAGAAAAGGUUGAAUUCUUAAUACAGUGGAACCUCGGUUUCGUAUGCCCUGGUUUUCGACGAAAAUUACUGCCGGAAAUAUAUCUCGGUAGUCCUGUUUGCCCACGUGUCCGCAGAAUCGAGUGCCCGAACAAAGAAUCCAUGCAUUGGUGAAGAUGGAUAGUGGUUCUUUUAGAGCUGGGACAACAUAGACAGCCAAGGAAUCCUUUACUCAUCUUUAUUAUGUGUGUGUGCUUUAUUUAUUCAUAGAACGCACAUAGAACGAUGAACAACUCCGUAUCUGUCUCCUUUCUUCCUGUAAUAAGCACUGUGCCACCUGCGCUAUGGAGAUGUUCAAGUGCACUGCGUAUUUCAGAGUGUUAGACGAAUAGGCGGUCAGACGGUCUGAGCCUUUUUUUAUUGAGUACGGCUGCAAAGCAAGUUGCAAGUGCCAGAGGGUGAGGUGAGGAACAUGAUUGAAUUCAAGAAAGAAGGUUGCAUCUGUUAGAAUAGGAUCCGGGCCAGUGUGUAAUGGUGAUUGUGCCUGUAACAAUAAACUUCAAGUGGGCAAGUACGCAGCUCUAACUGUUAGGUUUUUAACAGACUAGAGUGAAAUAGCGUCUGCGUAGCUCUUGCGCCCCCUCCCCCCCUCAUCACCGUGCUCACCAACAAGAGUCUUCAAUAAAGGUAAAAAUGAUGUUGAAUGUUCAUUUAUCUAUUCCACUCGUCAUUUAUAUGUAUUUACUUUGUUUUCUGCAUGUAAAAUAUUCUCUAUGAAAUGUGUUUUGUGUUAAGAUUUUUGGGUGGAGCAGAUUAAUUGGAUUUACAUUAUUAUGGUAAAGAUGUAUUCGUUUUUCUGUCGUUAGUCCGAAACCGAGGUCCCACUGAACAUACACAACUUAUUAGCAUAUCUACAUGGCUUGGUUUUAGCUUGGUUACAACAUUAAAAAUAUCAAACUCUUUGACUUUUCCCUCGGUGGAGAAAGUUUGAACAUGCCUGCAGGUCAAGACAAUCGCUCCCAUUUUGGUUUGAGGAGUAACAGCAGGGAAGCAAUUCAAAGAAUUCAGUAUCACGGUGAAGAUAGGUUUGAUGUCCUGAAGUGAUUAGCUCGUACAAAAGCAAUCAGAUGAAAGCAGCAGUGAAGGAGCACUUGAUGUUGGACUGCUGAUUUAAGAGCACCGUGCAUGUCCUCGCGCCUCCUCAGCUAAUGCGCUUCUUCUUUGGAAGACAGCAAGAAAACAUGAACACAAACACACCAAAACAGUCUUUUUAUGGACAAAGCUACACUGACAAACAACGUUGAGCCUUUUUUUUAACCUGAAGAGAAAUAAUUCAAUUUAUUUGUAAAUCACCCGUAUCGUCUCAUCAAUUCAUGUCACAGUAAUCAUGCAAGAAAUCUUGAGAUGCCGGAUCUUGAGUCGAGCAUCAAUCAAACGUGCACCCAGAGAACACGUCCUUCGUCUUGAAGUGCUGUUGGUCACGUCAGCAGCGCGGAAGGAAGAUUUAGAGAAGCCGGAGGAGCUCUUUCUCUAUGCAAAACGAUCCUCUUUUGAAUCACUUUCCUGUCACUUACACGUCGGAGCUUUUCUUUUCAAAUCAAAACAUGCUGGCAGUCAUUUGAAAUAUUCUUUAUUUACUUUGCAAAUCAUCCCAUUGUUAACAUAUAAUGUAUAUACUGUACACAAAGUUGGUCACUGAGAUAAUACAACAUUAAUGCUGAUAAACUGACCCAACCUGAUAAUUGUCCUUCCUGAUCGAGAUAAUAAGGCAGUCGUAUGUCAUAGUCCAACAUGCAGAAAAAAAUAAUACAUUUCACAUGCAUUUACUGUAACUGACAUAUGCAAACAUGUUUCAUAUACAUAGAACCUGU